UUCUAUCGGACGGCGAGGAUGCUUGAGGAUGCGAUGCAUUUAUCAGGAAAUUUGCCUUUAUUUACUAAUAUUUACUAAUUUAACAGCGUCAUAUCGCUCAACAAACAUCGCUUUACCUACGCUUUCGCGGGCUUCACCCCAAAUCUAUCCGAGGGUGACAAAAGGAAACUGGAAAUAUUUGUCUUUGUCUGCCAAAGCCGAAUACACUGAUGGCGUAGCACCGCAACCCAACCGGUUAAUGACGUUUUACCGUAAAUAUAAGGAAACAAAAGGCCUAUAAUUGCUUCUUUGUCAUAUUUGAAGCAAAGGAAUAAAAAAAUAAACGCCAGGACUGUUGCCGUGUGCUCAAUAAAAGAAUCAUCACAAGGACACUGCAGCACCUGUUUCUUUAAGAAACAGCUGGUAGAUGUUUUUAUCCAUUGUAGUUUACCUCAGCAAGAUCUGCCAGUAUUUCUCCAUGUUUAGCUCAGAAAGACUCUCGGUUCCUGAAUAUGUCAGUCGGCUGCACCCCCGGAGGACGGUCUCUGACCCCAAGGCCGUCUCUCCGGGCAUCAGCACCGACGUCCAGAUCGUGUUGAACGGCUCUCUCCCUGCCCUGCGCUCUGCAAUCAAAACACUAAAAUCUGCAAAAGAUACUGGAGAUCUGGAUGAGACCCGCCGGGCCAUUGCCGAAACUUUCCAGCUGGUUGAGGAGGCCUGGGUGCUGCCCACGGUGGGCCGACAGGUCGCAGAGGAGAUCUGCAUCAGAAUCCGGUUGGAUGGAGGUCUAGAGUUACUCUUACAGUUGCUUCAGACACCUGCUGUAGAAAUUACCUACGAGUCUGCCAAGCUCCUUGAGCAGAUUUUGGUCUCAGAAAACAGGGACUAUGUGGCACGCAUGGGACUCGGUGUCAUACUGAACCUCACCCGUGAACAGGAGGAUGCCCAGCUGGCACGAAGUGUGUCGGGUAUCCUCGAGCACAUGUUUAAACACACAGAAGAGACAUCUGCCCAGCUCAUCACUCACGGAGCACUGGACACUCUGCUGUACUGGUGCCGUGGAACAGACCCAACUGUACUGCGCCACUGCGCUGUGGCACUGGCUAACUGCGCUAUGUAUGGUGGGCAUCGGUGUCAAAGGCUGAUGAUAGAAAAACAGGCGGCUGAAUGGCUGUUCCCUCUGGCUUUCUCUAAAGAGGAUGAGCUGAUCCGUUUCCAUGCCUGUCUGGCAGUGGCUGUGCUGGCAGCUAACAGGGAGAUUGAGAAAGAGGUGGUGAAGUCUGGCACACUGGAGCUGGUGGAGCCUUUCAUUGCCUCUUUGGACCCUGAUGAGUUUGCACGCAAUCUUUUGGAUAGUGCAGACAGUAUGCAGGGCCGCACAGCAGCAGAUCUGCAACACUUGCUGCCUCUGCUGGAUGGCACACGGCUCGAGGGGAAAUGCAUUGCAGCGUUCUACCUGUGCGUGGAGACUAGUAUUAAAUCCCGUCAACGUAAUACCAAGAUAUUUCAGGAGAUUGGGGCUGUUCAGAGUCUUAAGAGAAUUGUCAUGUACUCCAGUAAUGGCACAGUUUGCUCUCUGUCUAAGCGGGCCCUCGCGAUGAUGGGCGAGGUUGUCCCGCGUCGUAUCCUUUCAUCUGUACCCAACUGGAAGAGUGGAGAGGUUCAGACCUGGCUGCAGCAGAUUGGCUUCAGUGCAUUCAGUGAUCAGUUUCAGGAGCUGCAGGUGGAUGGAGAUCUACUGCUUACUAUCACAGAACAAGAUCUGAUCCAUGAUUUGGGCAUGAAUUCUGGGCUCACUCGCAAAAGGUUUCUAAGAGACCUGCGUGUACUGAAGACCUACGCCAACUACUCCACAUGUGACCCUAAUAACUUGGCAGACUUGCUGGCGGACAUAGAGCCACGAUUCCGUCAGUACACCUAUGGCCUGGUUCAGUCAGGGGUUGAUCGGAAGAAUAUCGUCCAUAUUACAGACCAACAGCUGCAGUUGGACUGCCAAAUAGAGAAUGGCAUCCAUCGUGCCAAGAUCCUCUCUGCCACCUGCUGUCCCGCUAAACCCUGCUUAACUGAUUCCCAGCCUGCUGGUCCUGAUGUAUUCAUCAGCUACCGUCGCACCACUGGGUCACAGCUUGCCAGCCUGCUAAAGGUGCAUCUACAAUUACGUGGUUUCAGUGUCUUCAUUGAUGUGGAGAAGUUAGAGGCUGGCAGGUUUGAAGAGAAGCUGAUCACGAGCGUGCAGCGUGCGCACAACUUCAUCUUAGUGCUUUCAGCCAAUGCACUGGACAAAUGUAUGGGGGAUGUUGCCAUGAAGGACUGGGUACAUAAGGAGAUUGUCACUGCUUUAAAUGGAAAGAAGAACAUUAUCCCUGUCACUGAUAACUUCAUUUGGCCCGAACCGGCCUCUCUGCCCGAGGAUAUGAGCACCAUUCUCAAAUUUAAUGGCAUUAAGUGGUCCCAUGAGUAUCAGGAAGCCACUAUUGAAAAGAUUCUGCGUUUCCUUCAAGGAUGCCCCAGCCUAGAGAACCCAGAAAAAACAGCAAAAACAGACAAAAAAGAUCCACAUAAGAAAUAAGACAUCUGUCCGUAUAUAAAACCUUAUAUCAUAAUGCAUGGUAUGUAUAGGCCUUCCUAAUAAUAGCCACCAUGUAACAAGAACACUCCUGUUUAUUACUCAGAGGCAGUAUUUCCUUUGCCAAUAUGCAUGUAACAUAUUUAUUUACAUUUUUUCUCCCAAUUUGGAAUGCCCAAAUCCCAAUGUGCUUUUAAGUUCCUUGUGGUCACGUAGUGAUUCGCCUCAAUCCGGGAGGCGGAGGACGAAUUCCAGUUGCCUCCGCAUCUGAGACCAUCAACCCAUGCAUCUUAUCACAUGGCUUGUUGAGUGCGUUGCCAUGGAGAUGUAGUGCUUCACGCCAUCCACUGAAGCAUCCAAGCUCACCACGUGCCCCACUGAGAACAAACCACAUUAUAGCGACCACGAGGAGGUUACCCCAUGUGACUCUAACCUCCCUAGCAACUAGGCCAAUUUGGUUGCUUAGGAGACCAAGCUGGAGUCACUCAGCGAAACCCAGGGGUGGUAGCCAGCAUCUUUACUACUAAGCUAUCCAGGCCCCAUGUAACCUGUCUGAAGACACAAGUGGCUUUUCCAUCUUAUAUUCCAGAAUAUUCCUGGUUAUUUACAACUCAAUGUAGCCGUCCAUAGACAUAAAUAACCUGAAAUAUUCACAGCUCCAUCCACUGGACUGGGUCUGGUGUUCCCAUUUCAGUGAGAUCAGUCAGCAGGCUGGUGACAUCCAAAUAUUUAGGAACAAACCUACAAUAUUAGCCAGCCAGCCCCAGGAAUUGUCUCACCUCCUUUUUGGUCUUUGGUCUCGGACAAGCCGCAAUAGCUGCUGUUCAUUUGGGGAUGCAUUUGUACAUGACCCAGGUGGAAACCCAGAUACCUUUCUUUCACCUGUCCAAUUGCACACUUCCUCAGAUUUGCUGUUAUUAUGGCUCUCAGAUGCUGGAUAUGCCGCUGCCAAUCAUUGCUAUAAAUAAUAAUAUCAUCCAGGUAGGCAGCUGCAUAUGCAGUGUGCAGGUGGAUAAUGUUGUCCAUGAGUCAUUGAAACGUAGCCAGGGCCCCAAACAAACUUAACGGAAGGGUAACGAAAUGGUGUAAGCCAAACAGAGUGGACAUUUCUUUUUUCUCAGGACAUGGGAGUCAAGGGGAUCUGCCAAUAACCCUUCGUUAAAUCCAGUGUCGAAUAAAAGUGAGCUGCACCUAACCGAUCGAACAGUUCGUCAAUGCGAGGCAUUGGGUACCUGUCGAAUUUAGACACCGUGAUAACUGGACUGACCCGUCGGACCUCGGUACCAAAACCACUGGCCCAGUCUCUGUAGGACUUCUUGAUCACACCAAUAUCAAGCUUGGCCGUGAGUUCUUCCCAGACCACUUGUUUCUUGUGUGCACCACCACUCAUGGAGUCUUCUCAAUGUGAUGUUCUAUGAGAUUCGUAUGACCGGGUAGAGCUGAAAACACAUUCUAAAACUCCUAUUGCAACCUGGCAACCUCACUGAUUGGGACAGUGAGAGGUGGUCUCCACAGGUAACUGGGGUGGUUUGAUGGGCGAUUUUUGAUUCCACCUCCGGACCCAACUCUGCCCUCUCUGAUACUACCAUAGCCAAAGCCACGGGUACCACCUCUCUCCAUGGUUUUAGGAGAUUCAGGUGGUAAAUUUGCCAUGCAUCGCCUCUAUCUGUUCAUUUUACCUCAUAGUCGACUUCCCUAACUGACCGUGUGACCUCAAAAGGCCCUUGCCACUUGGCCUAUAGUUUAGAACUUGAUGUGGGUAAUAACAUGAGGUCCUUAUCUCCCUGUGAGAAUUCCCAUAGCUGAGUGCCCCUAUUAUACAGCCUGGACUGCUGUUCCUGGGCCUGAAGCAAAUUCUCCUGUGUUAGUUGCCCCAAUGUUUGGAGUUUUGCUCUUAAUUUCAUUCUUACUCUCUGAAGGUCCCUCCUCCCAAUUUUUCCUCAGAACAUCUAGGAUGCCCUGAGGCUUGUAGCCAUAUAGUAAUUCAAAGGGGGAAAACCCUGUGGAGGCCUGUGGGACCUCUCCUACUGCAAAUAACAGGGGUUCUAGCCACUUAUCCCAAUUUCGUGCAUCUUUGUGUACGAUUUUCUGAACCAUAUUUUUAAGGAUCAGAUUAAAUCGCUCGACAAGACAAUCCGCCUGAGGAUGGUAAACACUGGUGCGGAUCGACAAUCCCCAGUAGUUCAUAAAGUUAAUGGAGUGUACGUGACAUAAACAAGGUGCCCUGAUCAGUUAGGAUCUUUAUCGGGAUCCCAACUCAGGAGAUAAUUUUAAAGAGUGUCUCCGCAACACUGGGUGCCGAAAUGUUGUGCUGGGGCACUGCUUCAGGAUAUUGCGUUGAAUAAUCCACCAAGAUGCCCUCAUGCCGUCCGUUCUAAGGGAGUGGCCAGUGGAUUCACCAACUGACAUUCGCGACACCACUUGCUUACAUCCCUGCGAAUGCCCGGCCAAUAUAAAUGGGCCAUGAGACAAUUCAGUGUCUUAUCUUGCCCUAAAUGUCCCACCAUCGGAUAUUAUGAGCUGUCUGGGAAGCUAUUUUACGGUGGCUUUUCAGAACUAACAACUGUGUUGUGUUUUCUUUUGUUUGGGCGUCCUGCGUCACCUCAUACAACCGGUUUUUAAUAAUUGAAAAGAAGGGGUAGGAGAGCGCAGUGCCGGGCUGAAGCUGUUGACCAUCAGUUACUCUCACUUGGUCAAAGGCAUGCCUGAGAGACCCAUCUCUUGUCUGCCCCAGAGGGAAAUCCCUCAGCGGGUGAGGUGCAGCCAUUUCUAUAACUCAGGAAUUUUAAUAAAUUUCUGCAUUAUCAAUAGUAUUAAUGAUAAGCAUAGUUGCUCUCUAAUCUUUAUAUACAAGACAAAAUAAGAUAAUCUUUGCUUUUGUUGGGUUACUGAUUCAACAUUUAUGUACAUUAAUGAAAAAGCCUUAUGAAACCAUUGAACAUACAUGAACUUUGACCUUUUUGGAUUUGAUUAUGGAAGUAAUAUAGAGGUCUGAAUAUUAUAGUGAACUGUUGAUCUUACGUGACUGUCUUCAGGUAUGUGCAGAUUAUUACACAGGUUGUUACAAGUAAUUUACUACAUUAUGAGGCAGGUUUGCUUAUUCCACAAGGCAAAGUACUAAGUUUUCACAUCUGCCUAUAUUCCAUUUAUCACACCGGUUCAUGAAACUCAAAUCAAGUGUAAAUCAUUAUGGUCAUAAAUCACCUCAAAACUGUAUUAGAAAAUAUCCUAUUAGAUAGUAUCAUGAUUUCAAAUAUGGCUUUAGGGGCUUAGGAUUUGCUGGAAUAAUAUGCAUUAAGUUAAUGGUAUAUUUUCACUGUGAAUAAGGUGUACCCAAAUCACACAUGCAAAGAUCCUAAUGAACAUUAACACCUCAAGUUGUGUUCUGCUUUAUCCUGCUUUUGGGCUCCCUACUGUCUUGUGAUGUCUGUUUGGGUCUCUUUUAAAUAAAAUACAGUGCAUUUAGGAGGUAUAAAUCUGACUUGGUCAAGUGCUUAUGUACAAAAUCUGUAUAAAGACCUUUUCUUAAAAAUAAAUAAAUAAAAAGCAAUAAAAUUUGUUUU